AUGACGAGCCCACUACCAGAUUCACACAGAUUAUCUGUGAAAACAUGGAUGGAAGAAGAAAGUGACCAUGCUGACGGCACAAUUAGCAGAGGACAGUCGGUAUGUGAUGACACGUCUUCAGAGCUGCAGAGAAUGGCAGCAAUUGAUGGGAGGGAAAUGAACUCCCAGGAUUCCUUUCAAGCACGAGGAGCUCUCUCCAGGAUAGUCAGUAUGGUGAUGACUCUGAGAGACUGGGCUCACAAAAGUUUGGCUGAAGAGACGGAGCGGCCAGACUCGUUCCUGGAGCGUUUCAGGGGCCCCGGCAACAUGGACAUGCAGGCCCCGCCACGCAGGUCCAGCUGCACGGGCUCUGAUGUGGAGAAUGAAAGCAGACAUUCCCGACGCAUGAGAAUAAAGUGUAAAGUUAUGGUUUUUUCUCCGUCUGAUGGCGCCUACUACUACUGGCUGAUAGUCAUCGGUGUGGCGGUGUUUUAUAACUGGACUCUACUAGUGGUCAGGGCUUGUUUUGAUGAGCUCCAGAUUAGGAAUGUCCUGGUUUGGCUUGUGCUGGACUACGUCUGUGAUGGAAUUUAUAUCUUAGAUAUUGCUGUACGUCUCCACACAGGUUUCCUGGAUCAAGGUUUGCUGGUGAAAGACGCCCGGCGCCUCAGGGAGACCUACAUUGGAACAGUACAGUGUAAACUUGACAUCUGCUCCAUCCUACCAACCGAUCUGCUGUACUUGAGCAUCGGAAUAGGCUACACUCCUCUUCUCCGGUUCAACCGGCUGCUACGCCUGCCUCGCCUGUUUGAGUUCUUUGAACGGACGGAAACACGGACAGGCUAUCCCAACACUUUCCGGAUCUGUAAGCUGAUCGUGUACAUCCUGGUCAUCAUUCACUGGAACGCCUGCGGGUACUACAGUUUCUCCAAAGUCCUGGGCCUGGGUUCUGACUCCUGGGUCUAUCCCAACGCCUCGGACCCGGAGUUUGGUUCCCUGGCCAGAAGCUACAUUUACUGCCUUUACUGGUCGACCUUAACCUUGACUACUAUUGGAGAGACUCCGCCGCCUGUUCGAGAUGAGGAAUAUCUAUUCUUGAUUUUUGACUUCUUGGUUGGUGUCCUGAUUUUUGCCUCCAUCGUGGGUAACGUUGGAGCCAUGAUUUCCAACAUGAAUGCAACCAGAGCAGGGUUUCAGACCCGCGUGGAUGCACUCAAACACUACAUGCACUUCAGACAUGUCAGUAAAGUGCUGGAGCAGCGCGUGAUUCGCUGGUUCGACUACCUCUGGACCAAUCAAAAGAUUAUCAAUGAACAAGAAGUCCUGAAGAGCUUGCCAAAUAAACUGAGGGCAGAAAUUGCCAUCAACGUUCACCUGGAUACGCUGAAAAAGGUGCGUAUUUUCCAGGACUGUGAGGCCGGUCUCCUCGUAGAAUUGGUGUUAAAACUCCGGCCCCAGGUCUUCAGCCCUGGUGACUACAUCUGUAGGAAGGGUGAUGUGGGUAAGGAGAUGUACAUCAUUAAAGACGGCCACUUGGCAGUGGUGGGAGAUGACGGGGUUACCCAGUUUGCUGUUCUGACAGCAGGAAGCUGCUUUGGAGAAAUCAGCAUCCUCAAUAUUAGCGGCAGCAAGAUGGGGAACAGACGCACGGCAAAUAUUAGAAGUCUGGGAUAUUCGGACCUGUUCUGCCUUUCCAAACAAGACCUGAUGGAAGCGCUUCAGGAGUUUCCUCAUGCAAGGGCCCAGCUGGAGCAGAGGGGGCGGGACAUCCUGCGGAAAGAGGGGCUUCUGGAAGAAAUCAACAUAUCUGCAGGGGAACAGUUGGAGGAUAAGUUGGAGAGGCUUGAAACCAGUCUAGAUCGACUGCAGACAUGUUUGGCCCGUCUGCAGAGUGAGUUCAACUCUUUCCAGCUUCGGUUGAAGCAGCGGAUUACCAGCCUUGAACAGAACAUCACGACAGUCGCCAGUGGCAGCGGCUCCUUGUCCGACGCUGAUGGCACAGAGAGUGUUUCUGGAUGUGAACGUGUGCAAAGUGACAUCAACAUCCGACUUUGAAAAAUACGUUUUGUGAACUGAAAAAAGUAAACGAACGCUGUGCUCCAU